UUAUGAGACCAUCCGUAUAUGUGACUAGGCCUGAUGUUCCUGCUGUUGGUAUAGACCUACUGAAAGAAAAAUGUUCUGUUCAUUUAUGGACGGGAAAUAUAGCUCCACCUCGUGAUGAGCUAUUAAAGGGUAUCAUUGGAAAAAAUGCAUUGUUCUGUAACAUAGCGGAUAAAAUUGAUAAGGAUGUAUUUGAUGCAGCAGGAUCAAAUUUAAAAGUAGUUGCAACCAUGUCAGUGGGUUACGAGCACAUUGAUUUAGAAGAGGCUAAAAAGAGAGGUAUUAAAGUUGGAUAUACCCCUGAUGUUUUAACUUAUGCUGUAGCAGAGCUAACAGUUGGCAUUCUUUUGGCAACAUCAAGAAGGCUUUUUGAAGCGCAUAGAGAAAUUUUUACUGGUGGUUGGACUUCCUGGUCCCCUUCCUGGAUGUGCGGACCCAGCAUUAGAGGCAAAACUGUUGGUAUAGUAGGCUUUGGACGUAUUGGCCAAGAAACAGCUAGAUUACUGAAAGGUUUUGGGGUGAAGCAAUUUUUGUACUCUGGACGAAAAGAUCAUCCAGAGGCUUCCGAUAUUGGGGCACUUCGCUUGCCUAUUGAAGAAAUGCUACCUCAAUGUGACUUUGUAAUUUGUGCUUUGGCGCUGACCCCCGAAACAAAGCACUUUUUCAACGAAAAGCUGUUCAACUUGAUGAAGCCGUCAACUAUUUUUGUGAAUACAAGCCGUGGUGGUGUUGUGGAUCAAGACGCACUGAUAAAAGCCUUAGAGACUGGAGUAAUUCGAGGUGCUGGUUUAGAUGUUAUGACUCCUGAACCUAUUCCUUCAAAUCACCGUCUUCUUUCGCUACCAAACUGUGUUGUUAUCCCACAUAUUGGCAGUGCAGGAAUUGAGUCUCGUAAUGACAUGGCAGAACUUACUGCCCGUAAUAUAUUGACUGCAUUGGAGAAUAAGCCAAUGCCUGCUGAACUGAAGCUAUAGUAUCAAAGUCUUUGUGUUGUGUCUCAUGUCAAUGUACUGCAUAUUUAAAAUUCCAUUUUUGUAUUUGUUAUAAAUAUUUUUUCCAAUGAAAUAAAUAAGAAAAUUAA